UGACCCAAUCAUCACCUAUUGACGCUCAUUAAACCAGACCACCUAGUACACAACACGAUGUCACUCUUUCUAAUUGCUGAAAUAAUUGAUUCUUAAAUUAUGCAGAUUGCGCACUGACGUAGAGACAUUCAGUAAUCUGUCUGAGUGACACAACUUCCCAUUCACAAACCAACCCAGUACAACUCUGCUCACAAUACGAUUCAGUUCCAAGAUUUCCUAUCAUUUCUACGCUAAGAACAGUGCACAGAAAGUUUAUUAGCAUAAGUAAUAUCCACCCCGGUGUAGACGAUCACGUCCGAAGGGUUGCGCAGCCUGACUAAUUACCAUACCCGACGGCGAGCGCGCGCGCACUCUCCGGUGAACGGUGUCACCCGGAUUCAGCGCAAAACGCUGAUCGAAUAUGAUUUAAUUAAACGAAACUGGCCUGGCUCGUGCGGCAAGCGUUGCGACAGCGAUCAGUACGACACAGAUCACAAUGCUGGACGGAUCAGCGUCGGCGAGCUUCGUUGGAUGGUGUCUGCCGGCGAUCGGGGUCGUCGCUUGCACCCUGUAUCUGUACGCGAAUCUCCAGGCUAUCGCGCAGAUGGUGUGGAGUAUGGCUUUCAGGAGUCGAGUACCGCUGCGCGAUCGCUACGGACCUUGGGCUGUCAUUACAGGAUCUUCCGAUGGUAUCGGGAAGGAGUACGCGAUCAACCUGGCUCGUGAGGGACUUAACCUGAUACUGAUCUCCAGGACGGGAGCGAAGCUAGCUCAACUUGCAGACAACAUACGAUCGCAGUACGAUGUACAAGUCCGCUGGAUCGCUGUGGACUUUGCCGAAGGCGAUGAAGUGUACGAUCGGAUACAGAAAGAGCUAGCCAACGUUGAUCUUGGAAUUCUAGUCAACAACGUUGGCAUGCUACACGAACAUCCGAUCGCAAUGGACGAACUCCCGCUGCAAGAUCUGAAAGACACCUACAACGUCAACAUGAUGCCACUGAUCCGUCUGACCUACAUGCUUCUCCCAAGUUUGAAAGCUCGCCGCCGCGGGAUGAUCGUCAACGUAACGUCCGCUUCCGGAUUCCUUCCAAUCCCCUACCUGAACAUGUACGCCGCCUCCAAGGCCUUCGUGACGAACUUCACGCUGGGUCUGAAGGAGGAAAUCCGUGGCAGUGGCGUCGACUGUCAGCUGGUCUUCCCGAUGUUUGUGGACACCAACCUGACCCAGCGGUGGCAGUCGACCAACAUGUGGCAGUACCUGUGCUCGGCAAAGGUCGUGCCGUACUCGAAGAUGGCCGUUUGGACAAUCGGAAGGGUCUUUAUCACGACCGGAUACUGGCAGCAUGGGAUGUUGAACCUUUCCCAGAUGGCUGGUAACCAUUUUCAUCGGAAAAUUUAUGAAAUUCGUCAAAGCAACGCAUUGUACAGAGUGAUUGUUCAGAAGUGAUGGUUUAAAAUAAAUUAGCUAGUAAUUGUGUUAAGAAAACCGCAAGUCAUGCUUUGCAAACGAAA